CACCGUCAAAGGCUUACAUUGCCUCUCUACCAUUCCUCUGUUGCCAAAAGAAAACCCAUCUUCAAAGAGGGAAGUUUGGAGCUUCUUUCUCUCUCUAAGAACUAAAAGGAACUAUCUUUGUCCUAUCAUUCAGAGAAAUGGAGGCAAUGAAGGUGAAGCUCUUUGUAGCCCUGUUGAUGGUGGCGUUGAUGGCCAUCUCUUCUGUGCAAAAAGCUGCUGCAGCUGAUGCUCCAGCGCCAGGCCCAACAUCUGAUGCUGCCAUUUUUGUGCCCACUUUCCUUGCGUCUCUUGCAGCCCUGGCUUUUGGGAUGUUCUUCUGAGCUAUAGUGGUCAACUCCAAUGACCCACAUAGAUAUAGAAAGCGUUAUGGUUCAUUUCUCUUUCGACCCAUUUAUCUUCUUCUCUAAGUCACAUGUCUUCGAGCUUUUCAUGACUAUGGGAGAGAGAAGGGAAAUGGGUUGGGAUUUUUUUUUUCAUUAUUUUUGGGAGGUUCUGGUUAAUUUAAUUGUUGUUGAUCUUGAUCAUGUAAUGUUGUGAUUUGUUUGAUUGUGAUUGAUGUGUUUUUUUGGUACUGUAAAAUAAUUUUAUUUAAUCGUGUAUUUCUUUUUUUUAUAUGGGUUAGAUUUAGGCUAAUAAGGAGAUCACGGGGAUGAAUGUUAUGAUUGGUGGUGGAUGGUUGGUUUUGGCCUCUUUCUUGUACUCCUUCAUUAUGUCUUCUCAUUUGUAUCUGUGAUCCAUUUGAUGUAAUAAAAUUCUAUUCUUGUA